CUCAUCUGCGGACAUGUUUCCAGAUCUGUCCUCGCUCCCGUAAAGGCAGACCUGAAAAGCCUUAAAACAGGUCAAAUGAUGGAUGAGUCAGAUGAGGAUUUCAAAGAACUCUGUGCCACCUUUUUCCAAAGGGUGAAAAAAAAUACAACCAAAGAAGUGUCAGGAGAAAGGAAGAAGCAGACGGCCUCCAGUAACCCUCAGAAAAGAGGCAGACUGCAAGGAGCCAGUCAGACUGCCACCAGGAGCAGAGCCCCUCAAGGCCCUUCAGAGAAGAGACCUCGAGUAGGCAGCCAGGCCCCUAGGACUAAAAAGCAAGGGGCACCCAAAUCCCAGGAAGGGGACCCAGCUCUCCCUGUGAAUGGGAGGGGAGGUGCUCUCGCUCCUGCCUCAGACCAGCCUGUGCUGUGUGAAAGAGCCCAGAGCAUUCAGACAGAGAGUGCUCCCAAUGGUGACUCCCAGCCCCUUCCUUCCGGUUUCCCUACGAAUGGUGUGCCAAGUCCUGCCAAACCCAGAGCCUCAGAGCUGGUUCUCCAACGGAUGAAGCAGUUCAAGAGAGCAGACCCCGAGCGCCUGAGACACGCUGCAGAAGAGUCCUCUCUGCAGAGCACCCCGGGAGUAAACGACCCAAGCAGCCCUCAAGAGGACGUGGUGGUGGACAACGAGUGUAAGCCCAGGCUGCAUGCCACAGACAGCGAUGCUGCUAUGGCCUUGGCCUUACAGCAGGAGUUUGGAAGGGAAAAAGUGUCUUCACAUCAUGAUAGCCUGGAGGAGAAGGGGUUGUUCUUCUGCCAAAUGUGUCAGAAAAACCUCUCAGCAAUGACUGUGACACGGAGGGAGCAACAUGUGAACAGGUGCCUGGAUGAGGCAGAAAAGGCACGGAUAUCUGCUCUGCCUCAGAUCCCUGAUUGCCCAAUAUGUGGUAAACCAUUCCUCACCUCCAAGAGCCGAGUCAGUCACUUGAAGCAGUGUGCAGUGAAGAUGGAAGUGGGUCCCCAGCUCCUGCUGCAGGCUGUGAGGCUGCAGACAGCUCAGCCCGAGGUGGGCAGCGGCCCCCAGGUACCCAGUUUCAGCAACCAUGUUGGAGGUUUGAAACGGAAAGGAACCACCAGCAAGAAGGAGCUGCAGAAGAGGCGGAAGGCUAGUAAGCCCGAGGCUCCAACUGAAGAUCUGAUGUUGGCCAUGGCUCUGUCUCGCUCUGAGAUGGAGCAGGGUCCAGUUAUGCCCCCACUCAGACUGGAAAAUGCAUUUUCGGAGAAGAUAAGGCUAGGAGCAGAGAAGAAAAGUCGCAAGAAGAAACCCCCAGCUUGUCCCCCUCUGUUGUUAACCCAAGACCUUGAGACCACAAAUAGACAGAUUGAGGAUCGCGUUGCCCAGCUCCUAUCAGAGGAAAUGGAGCUGUCCUGUACCCCACGACUUCCUGCCAGCAAGAUUUUUAAGGAAGAAUUGGAACAUACAGGCUGGCGAAUGCAGCUGCCUAAAGGAAGGCAGAAUUUCCUGUGGGAAUGCAGUGCCCUCCCAGGAGCCUGGGCUGAGGAGGCCUUCUACAUAGUGGGCCUGUUUCCUCCAACUGGGUCCCAACGCCAUACCAAGGAAACUGAGCUACCACUGGAGCUGCCCGAGCAGCGAGAGCCAAGUUCACAAAGGCCACCCGCUUCCCACAACAGCCCCAAUAACCAGCUGCUGUCCCGCAGCCAGAGGGAGUGUCAAGCCCUUCAGGACCUUGUAGACUUGGCAGUGGAGGGGCUGAGCUCUAGCCCCUGGCCCAGCAGUCUGGGGGUGCCCACAGGGUUGGACUUGGCACCCAGCAGCCUUCCAUUGACGGGGUUUGUUCUGCCAUCUAAGAAGGCGAGGGAUGACAGUGCCUCACUCUCUCUUGGGUUGCUGGUGGCCGACUUUGGGGCCAUGGUCAACAAUCCACACCUGAGUGAUGUCCAGCUCCAGAUUGACAGCGGAGAGGUGCUUUAUGCCCACAAGUUUGUGCUGUAUGCCCGAUGCCCACUUCUCAUCCAGCAUGUGAAUGCUGAAGGCUUCUCUGCGGAAGAGGAUGGGGAUCUGACUCAGCGCAUCCUGCUCAGUGAUGUGAGCUGGGAGGUCGCCCAUGCAUUUCUGAACUAUCUCUACAUGGCAGAUACUGACGUGCCUCCUGGCCUGGCUCCCGAACUGCGUGCCCUGGCCCUAAGGUUUGCUGUGAGAGACCUUGUUCAGCUGUGUGAGCAAGUGCCUGUCAUGGACUUAAAGGGAGAGCAACAGGAGGAGAAGGAAACUGAGAAUUGCGAAAGCAGAGCAGAGCAUUUCCAAGAACUCCUGAGGUCAGUGUGGGCAAAUGAAGAGGAGGAAGCGGAGACUCUGCUGAAACCUGAAGUCUGCGAAGAAGAUAGAGAGAAAGUGAAUGAAGCAGAAAUGGAAGAAAUUUAUGAGUUUGCAGCUACACAGAGGAAGCUGCUCCAGGAGGAACGAGCAGUAGACACAGAUGAGGACACGAGCCAGCUCAGGGAGGAUGGUCCAGUGUCUGAGCCUACCCUGCUAGGUGUCCCGAGGAGCAGACAGUUAGAAGAUACAGAACAAAUGGACUCAGCUGGGCUAGAGAGAGAAGAGGCCCUAGUCAGCUGGGAACCUAAGAGAGAUUCCAUCCCACUCCAGGGCCAGGGCUCAGACUGGGCAGACAAAGCAGAGAUUCAGGACACACUGAGGGGGACAGCAGACCACCCCAAAUCCUGCAGCCCACCUGAGAGCCACCAGGUGAGGAAGAAAGAAUGCUCACCUUUGCACCCACCCAAGGCCCAUGACUACAAACAGCUCUUUGCAUCAACUCAAAGAAAAUCAUCUGAACUGUCACAAAUAGCAAUUGACCACGAAGAGCAGAGUGACCCUGUUAGGGAGAGGCAGGCAGAGAUGGCCUAUUCACCCGCUCUGCACCAGACAGCUGUUCCACGCCCCUUCUUCCUCCUGUCCCAGUGCCCUGUGGGUGGAAGUCCCAGCCAGUCACGGCUUCACCCAUAUCACACAAGCAAUUUGUCCCCAUCAGUGUCCCCGUCCCGCAGUACCAUUUCCAAGAUGGUGUCCCCAACCUCACUGUUUCCAGCUUCACCAGCUAAACAGAGGAGGGACAGGAACAUUCUCACGUUAUCAAAAGAACCAGGCCACCAGAAAGGCAAACAGAGUAGUCCCAUGUUGGGACACAAAAAUAGGGGCAUCCUGAUUUCCCCAGCAAAAUCUCCACCCAUUGACCUGACCCAGUCGGUUCCUGAGCACUCCAGCCCUAGGGCCCUGGACUCUCUGCACUGUGUGAAGAAAGAAGAUGACGUUAUCCUCCUCCUGGACUCAGAUGAAGAGCUGGAACUAGAGCACACCAACACAAGGCUGGUUUCUAAAGAUUCCCCAGAAGGAAGCAAAGUUCUAGAAUCUAGCCCCAAGUCCUCUGAACUGUUCUCAGUCAUUGAUGUUGAUGAAGACCAGGGACAUUUCCAAAGCCCACUGAAGAGAGAGGCUGAGCCACAGCAGGAAGACGACGGACUGCUGGGAAAUCAGUCGGCUCUGGGGAGGAAAGAGAUGCCCUGGCUGUUCUGCAGCCAGAAGAACAGCCUGGAUGAGGACAGCACUACAGACACCUCCUGGCUGGUGCCCGCCACCCCAGGGGCCAGCAAGAGCCGCGAUUGCUCAUCACAGACACAAAUCAGAAGCCUUAAGACCAGGACUCCAUCAGAUGCUGCUGCUCAGCAAGCACCCAGGCCUUCCUUAGGAUGUAGGGCUGUGCCAGAAGCAGCCCAGAAAUUCUCAGUGAUCAGACCACACACACAGCCUGCUACUCAAGGGACCGCUGACGGUGGAGGACACUACCCUAGGCACUGCAGGCUCUCCUCUUCACAGCCAUCAUGUCCUGUCCUUGAUGUUACCACGUGGUCCCAGAAACCCUCGUCAUGUAGGCCGUGCCUGCCAAAUCAGGCUGCAGCCGAUGAGGUGGUAGAAGUUGGGGACAGUGAUGAUGAGCAGGAGGUGGCUUCCCAUCAAGGAAGCAGCAGCCCUGUGCCAGAUGGUGACCCCCCAGGUCCCAUAGGUGACUACUCCUGGCAUGAGCCCCUCUCACCAAUUCCAAUUGACCACUUGAAUCUGGAGCGGACUGGCCCCCUGACCACAAGCAGUCCUAGCAGUCAGACCCGGGAUGCUCUGUAUGGUGGUGACCCCCACUCCCCAGGAGUCCUGGGUGCCACCCCCAUCCGAGGAAGCUAUGGUGCUCUGAGAGAGUCUCAAGAGCAGUCCUCACAGGCUGGCUCUCCUGGGAGCAGCAAACUGAGUGUCCUUAGCCCAGCUCUGUGGGAAGACUGGGAUGAGGAAGAGCGACACUCUCCAGAGGCUCUACCUGUGGCCCAAAUGCUGAGCACGAAAUCCCGGGAGCCAGACAGGCCGGAGACACCAAAAGGUGCUAACCAGAAGAAGAACUUGCCUCCCAAAGUGCCUAUAACUCCAAUGCCAAGGUAUUCGAUCAUGGAGACCCCAGUGCUGAGGAAAGAACUGGACAGGUUUGGAGUCCGUGCUCUGCCCAAACGACAGAUGGUUGUAAAACUGAAGGAGAUUUUCCAGUACACUCACCAGACCCUGGAGUCAGACUCUGAGGAUGAGAUUCAAUCCUCCCAGAUACCUCCGGAGGUACCCUGUGGCCAGGCACCUACCAUUGACACCUACAAGUCUUCACGGUCAGGAGGCUAUACCCAGCUCAAGGCCACUGCAGGGCUUGGGACUCAAAGAUCCAAGGGCCCUAGUCAAAGCAAGAGCCCUCAAGAUCAAAGGAGACAGCUCAGUGAAAGCAUUUCCCACCCAAGCAGGUUGCAAGCUGGGGAGCUGCCUUCAGGCCCUGAUGCAGACGCCCAGCUCCCAGCCUCCCAGGAAUCCAUGGCUACCUCUGUGGAUGGCAGUGACAACUCCUUUAGCUCUCAAAGUUCCUCCGGGGAGUUUGGAGCUGCUCUAGAGGCUGCAGGUGAAGACAAGGAUGAUGAGGAGGGGGUCAGCGCAUCACAGGUAGCCAUCCGGACCGCAGACACAGAAGAGGCAGUGAGACGCUACAUCUGCUCCAAGCCUGCCCUGCACAGGAAGGUACUGACCUACCAGCCUCUCGAGCUGGCUGAGCUGCAGGCUGAGCUGAAGCAGAAUGGCAUCCCUGUGGCCAUGGGCAAGCUACUGGACAUCCUAGAUGCUCAGUGCAUCACCUUCACAACUGCUGCAGCCCGAAAGGAGAAGCUGAGGCAGAAGAGACGGCAGCCUGUGGGCAGAAAGAGGAAGGAUCAGAAAUGACAGGCCUGGACCCAAUGGCUACCUGCCAGAGGGCCUGAGAACCUGGUGCCAGUCAGGCCUCCACAGGUGUGUCUUAGGACAUGAGCCUGUGCCUGUGCAAAGGACAGUGACCCCAACAUACUUUCUCUCCCACUCUCUACAGCUCCAUGUCGCUCUUGGACUGAGAGCAGACCCUCCC